AUGGCUGCAGUGCGAGAGUCACGCUCUCUUUUAUACGCUCCUUCGUCCCCAUCCAGGGCAGGCCCCUGUAUGGUGUGCCGGCUUCGUAGAAAAGGUUGCAACUGGUCAGGCUCGCAUACUACUGGGUGCUCUUCAUGUCUCAAGUUGCGAAUCGAAUGUGUUCCGAAGAACGGACCAGUUCCUUCAAGCGUGAAGAAUUCUGAAGAAGGGCGCGCUUGUCGCAAAGAAAUCAAGGAUGCGGUGCGGAGUGUUCGCGACCGCACGGACGUCGCUCAGCUGCCCAAGACCCGUAGACUGGCAUUUAAGCUGCGACACCGUGGCCCUGCUUCAGGGAUCUUUCCGACCCUCCAUCACACCCCACAAGACCGAUCGUGCACCGAGGAGAGAGAAGUUCCAACCACAGUGUACAGUGGCGCUCCUAGUGCCACUUUGACAUCGCCGAGGGACCAGGUGCAAUACACCUACGCCACUCCCCACAGCGCAGGGCGUGAGGGGUUCCUGAGUGACCAGGGAUCUUCCGUCGAUCAUAUCCAAGCCAAGGCAUUCCCAGCCGGCCCAUCCAUUCCCGCGUUAAACACGCCACAGAUCAAUUGGAUCCAGCCGUUCCCUCCCUUAGGGUCUCCCAGCCCUAAUUCAUUCAUCGGGAACAUGCAGGGCAUUGUACCUAACGAUCAUCCCCCUAGUUCGGUAGGGGGGGUUCGUGAUCGCCAGGGCCCUGUGGUAACACCUACCGCAGAAGAAUAUUGCAUCAUCAACGGCAUCUCUCCGUGGUCAUUUGCGCGUCAACAUUAUCCGAUGGAUCUGCACAAUGCUUGA